UACACCAGCAAGCAGCGUGCCGCAGUUCGCCGCAUUCCGUAUUCCGUAUUCCCGUGGUCCGUAUUCCGUGAGCGCUUUCAGUCGCUGAUUUGACCGCCAAACAAACGCAACGCAGGCAGCUCUCGGCUGAUAAAGAAAGCGUCCGCAAAGAAAAAUACAAAAAAAAAAAUAAUAAUAAAUAAAUAAAGAAAGAAAGCAGGCCAAAACGCGCUCUCGGUUCACUGACAACAACAACAACAACAAUAGCCGCAACAAUAAUAAUAAAAGCAACAACAAAUAUACAAAGCAAUUACAUGUAGUCGAAAUAAGCAAAAGUAAGACGAACUGCGCAACAAAAAAGUUGCCUCUAAAAAGCAAUAGCAGUCAAGUGCAAAAAAUAAAAAAAGGAAACUAUCAACCAAAAGGAGCAAAAGCAACCACAAAAGCAGCCACAACCAGGAGAGCAAAAACAACAAGAACAACAUGGGAAAAAAGAGCUCCAAGUUGAAACAGGAUACCAUUGAUCGCUUAACAACAGACACAUACUUCACAGAGAAAGAAAUACGUCAAUGGCACAAAGGAUUCCUGAAAGACUGUCCCAACGGCCUGCUCACAGAGCAAGGCUUCAUCAAAAUCUACAAACAAUUCUUUCCACAAGGCGAUCCAAGUAAAUUCGCCUCGCUCGUCUUUCGUGUCUUCGAUGAGAACAAUGAUGGCUCCAUAGAGUUUGAGGAGUUCAUACGCGCCUUAUCCGUUACAUCGAAGGGCAACCUGGACGAAAAACUGCAGUGGGCCUUCCGUCUUUAUGAUGUGGACAAUGAUGGUUACAUAACGCGAGAGGAGAUGUACAACAUCGUGGAUGCGAUCUAUCAGAUGGUGGGCCAGCAACCGCAGUCGGAGGACGAGAAUACGCCGCAGAAACGAGUGGAUAAGAUCUUCGAUCAGAUGGAUAAGAAUCACGAUGGAAAAUUAACAUUAGAAGAAUUUCGUGAGGGUAGUAAAGCUGAUCCACGUAUAGUUCAGGCGUUAAGUUUAGGUGGUGGUUAAAUCGAUUAACAAAUGCCCGAUUAACGAUAACAGAUCCAAAUCCAAUUCAAACAAAAAUAUUGAAAAACAGAAAACUAAAGCGUGCAAUAAACCGAAAUUGAAACCGUAAACAUUUUUGAACAACAAAACAAAAAAAAAAAAAAA